ACAAUGUUACACAUUCUGCUUUAAUUUUUAAUAUUGUUAUUGCAAUGAUGACCUACUUUCUUUCUUCUUCUCCUCCAGACAGAAACCAGCAGUUUCCCUGAAUUCGUUUUAGGUCUUUGCAAACAUUUCGUCACCUUCACAACAUGUCUUGACAGAUCAGCCAAGAGCAUGAGCUCAAGAUUUUAGGAAUGGCAACCGGAAGUGGAGCGGUUGUCAAAGACUGAUUGAAAAGCAUGGGUGUAGGAAUGUGGGCGGCCCGUGAAAGGUGUUUUUAGUUCUAAGUGACAAAUCGACCUGCAGUCUUGAGAAAGUCAAGGUGCUGCGAGACAGUUCUGAAGGUCUCACUGACUCUAAGGAGAGAAAGUAAUUUCCAAUGAAUCUUUACAGGAGUUUUGGGAAUAUUUUUGAGAAUUUGGUGGCUAAAGGCUAUUCUGAUUCAAGCUUUCAUUCACCAGCUGGUUUGGACAGAACAGAUUCAGUGUCGAGGGAAUCUGUUCCACUUUCCAAUGUAAAAUCAGAAUCUGAGGACUCAGGAGUUGAGACGAUUAGUACGACUAGCCCCUGUCAUUCUCACCAAUGUAGUGGAUUGACCUCUGAAGAAAUACAUCCAGUUUUUGAUUCUACAGAGGAUCCUCCAUCUCCGUCUCCAUCUAUCUGUUCCUCCUCCUCCUCGAAUGUCUCACUUGGCACUGUGGCUCAGAAAACCACAUGUCUGGAAGUGGAGCAAGCUUUAAGAAGAGCAGAACCAUCCUGUAGAGAAAAAAGUUGGACUACUGGACUGUGGUAUGAAAGCAAUACAACCUCUUUUUCGACCAGCUGUCAUCUCAUUGGCUCCAGAACAGAAAAUCAUCGGUUUGCUCACCCAAGGAGAACGCAUUCACAACCUCCAGAUCCACAGAAAGCGGAGCUGUACAGAAAACACCUUAAAUUACGCCAUCAUGGCUACCCAGUUGACAGACAGGUAGAGUUGGCAGACGGUGGUGAUCAGGCCAGGCUGGACGCGCUCUCUCCAGGCCUGCUGUACCUAGAGCAGGUGUGCAGGAUGCUGGAGAACAUCGCAAAACUACAGCAGCAAAACCAGAGCCUGCAGAGCGAGCUGGAGGUCCUGAGGAGUCAGCAGGCACAAAUACAGUGUGUAAGCUCGCAUGAGGAGGAAAUAAGCUGUCCAGCCUUUCAACAUUUAGACAUUCUGAGUCAUGAAUCACCAGCCAGCCAAUCCACUCUCUUAAAGGAGCCUGGAGGGUUUCGCCACAGAUCAGCAUCUGACACUCAGACCAUCAACCGUCACAGGAGAACAAGGUUUGUUCGAGAUGAGCAAAUUGCUGAUGCUUUAGUUGAGGAACCUGAAGAUAAGGAUCCUCUACCGGAAAUUAAACACAAGAAUCAAAGCAGGAUUCAAAAGCUAAAAUUUACGUCAUUUAGAAAGAAGCAAACACAUCAGUCUGAUGCAGAAAGCAACAGCCUUCAGACUAAGAAGAAAACAAAAUUGCAAAACAUGUUCAGGAGAAGGAUGACCACACGUCUCUAGCAUCCAGGGAUGUCCAGGGAUGAUGUCUCACAGUGGUCAUUCACAGUUCCCAUUUACCCCAGCAUUAAAGCACUAUUAUUUGUAUCUGUUGUGUUUAGUCAUGUAUGUAAGGUUGCACUUCAAAAAAGUACUAAUAAUUCAUUCAUUCAAUAAUGUGCUUUGUACAGUAUGUGUUAAUGAUGUGCACUGUUUUUUAAUUGCUGGAUCCUUUUAUUUAAUGCAAGUAGAUUAUGAUUUAUUAUGGUAAAUAUUAGUCUGUUGCUGCUAAAACAAUUGUUUUGAAUAUUUUUUUUAUAAAAAUGUUUUACAUUGCUGUAAAAUGUAAAGAUAGGGGAAAAUACUACAUACACACAUUAUUAAAUAUAUAGUUCACAUUCUCUUUGCACAACAAAACAAUUACUAAAUAUGAAUUUAUACACACCACAAAAGAAAAAACACAUGUUGUACUGAACAAUCACAUUCAUGUUGCUUGUAGAAUAAUUAAAAAAAUAAUCGUUGAGUGAAAUAUCCCCAUUUAAGAACAAUUAUGUUAAUUAAACAUAAAGUGUGUUAAAUUCACUGUUGUCUUGCAUUUUUAAAUGCAAAAUAUUUCUAUUGUGUCAGCAAUAAACUUAGUUUUUUAUGAAA